AUGGAAUUCAACCCAUCAGAUCAUCCACGGGCCAGUACGAUAUUUCUCAGUAAAUCGCAAACAGAUGUGAGAGAAAAACGCAAGAGUCUCUAUAUAAACCACGUAACCAUCAUUUCUCAAAAUAAGCAUCCUCCUGGGCAGUUGAGAAGGAAGUACAGUUCCUGCUCUACUAUUUUCCUGGAUGACAGCACAGUCAGUCAACCAAACCUCAAGUAUACCAUCAAAUGUGUAGCUCUUGCAAUAUAUUACCACAUCAAAAACAGGGACACAGACGGAAGAAUGCUCUUAGAUAUUUUUGAUGAAAACCUUCAUCCCCUUUCGAAAUCCGAAGUGCCACCAGACUAUGACAAACAUGACCCGGAGCAGAAACAGAUUUACCGCUUUGUUCGGACGUUGUUCAGUGCUGCUCAACUGACUGCUGAAUGUGCCAUUGUCACCCUGGUAUAUCUUGAAAGACUUUUAACUUAUGCAGAGAUAGAUAUUUGUCCAGCAAACUGGAAGCGAAUUGUACUGGGUGCAAUUCUACUGGCAUCCAAAGUUUGGGAUGACCAGGCAGUGUGGAACGUGGAUUACUGCCAGAUCCUGAAAGAUAUCACGGUCGAAGACAUGAAUGAGCUGGAACGCCAGUUUCUUGAGCUGUUGCAGUUCAAUAUUAAUGUUCCCUCCAGUGUUUAUGCCAAGUAUUAUUUUGAUUUGCGUUCCCUGGCAGAAGCAAAUAACCUGAGUUUUCCUUUGGAACCCCUCAGCAGGGACAGGGCAUAUAAACUUGAGGCCAUUUCCCGCUUGUGUGAAGAUAAAUAUAAGGACUUCAGGAAAGCAGCAAAGAAACGGUCAGUCAGUGCUGACAAUCUGACUGUGGUUAGAUGGUCCCCUGCUAUUAUCUCCUAACAGAGGAGACUGGAAUAUUCCUACGGACGUACUGUUUCAUCCAUCCAUUUUUGGGGGGUGGGCUGGGG